GAAUUAUUCUGGGCAAGCGCCGAUCGUUUCGCUUUUGGAAGAAGUCGAACAGGAGGUGGGAGCUCUCCUUAAGUGAACCCGGUGAACUGGCGUGAACCCGUCAGUGACCACGGUCAAAACGUUACCUGUCAGGAAGAAGAAGAAGAAGGUGUGAUGGCGCUGUCGCAGAUUAUAGAUGAUUCUCCACUGAGGCUGGGUCCAAACCACGCCAAGAACGACGGGCCGAACCUACAGGAGCUGUACAACGAGCGGCACCGGCUGGCUCUGGAGGAGUUACUUUCAGGAGGGAUCGACAACUUUCUGGACUUCCUGAAGCGGGAGAGGAUUCCCAACUUUCUGUCGGAUAAUGAAAUCCAGGCGAUCGGGAGCGCCGCCGUGCCCCCGCGGUGCGUGUCGCUCCACGGGGACGACCCGGCGCUGGAGCAGUCGCUCUGCAGCUCGAUGGACUGCUCCUCUGUCACGUAUUUCCCCGACGUGUCUGACGUGGAGCCGCCGCUGCUGGAGAUCGGAUGGCCCGCCUUCACCGCGGGGUCUUACCGGGGAGUCACGAGGGCCGUGGCGCACUUCCAGCCCAGCUACGGAGAGAGCAUUUACAGCUGCAAGGAGGCUGCGAGGCGCAUGAUCAGAAGCGCCAAAGAGGUGAUAGCCGUCGUGACAGACGCCCUGACAGACCUGGACAUCUUCAGGGACCUUCAGGAGGCCUGCACAGCCCGCAGGGUCCCCGUCUACAUCCUGCUCGACCAAUCAUGCACUCCAGCUUUCCUGAAGAUGUGCAGGAACCUCGGCAUUCGCUUGGACGACCUUCAUCUAAUGAGAGUGCGAACCAUCACUGGAACAACUUAUUACAUGAGAUCUGGAGCCAGGAUUACCGGGGAGGUUCAUGAGAGGUUCAUGCUGAUCGAUGGGAACAGAGUGGCUACAGGUUCCUACAGGUUUAACUGGUCUGAUGGCAAACUGAACAGCAGUAACCUGAUUGAACUCUCUGGUCAGAUCUCUGAGAAGUUUGAUGAGGAAUUUCGCAUUCUUUACGCCCAGUCUUUGCCUGUAAAUAAUCGUGGACCUUUAAGUUUCUGUGGCAGCAGCCUCUCCGAGCCCCUCCUCAUCAAACCGUCAGUGGCCUCAUCCCCACACGUGGUUAGAGAUAGACACGCCGAACCAGUCUGCGUCACCAGCACGCCCUCCCGUAAGGCCCGAACACUGGCACUGCAGCCUCAGUUUGACGGCGCAUCUGUAAAUUGUCGUAAGGCCGGCCCCGCCUCCGACUCUAUGGAUGGAGACUUGAAGCAGCAGCAGAUGCAGGAGAAGAUCCUUGCUGGCUGCACGACGCUGCAUUGCCCUGCAGAUCUGCUCUCCGGAAACGAGGGGAUCUCUUGCCACGCCUCGACGCAGACCAGCCAGUCAGUGACCGACAGCGACACCCAGACUGACCUGCAGCUCACGCAGCAGACGUCAGCGAGCACAGCACCGGUCCAGGACACCUCCUCCGGGCCGGUCUCGGCCACCCAGGCAGCUCCAGACACCACUUUAAAGGACUGCUUCCUGGAGCUGACCAAAGAGCGCCGGUACCGCUACUCUGCCAUCCGCUCCAAACUGGAACACAUGGUGACCGCCCUGUCGCAGAGGCCAGAGCUGGCCGAUGUCACCAAUCUGACUCAGGGGCUCGAAGGCCGCAGGCAGAGGAUACACAAAGAGCGUCUGCAGGAGCCAAAUCCCAGACUGCCUGUUGACAGCAUGGGCACGGGCACGUGGCCAAGAGCCAGAUGUGCACACUAGCUGGUCUUCAGGGAUUUGGGAGCUGCAGCGUGGCGAGGGAAUAGCUGUUGCAACAUUCCUGCCUUUUUAGAGGAACGUUUUCGGUUUCUGAAGUCAAAUUCUUUUUUAUCAGACUUUCCAAACUUUUCCUUUCUAUCUAAUGUCCUGAUGACAUUUAAUGUUACAAUCCUACUGAGAGUGGCCAAAGACAAAGCUGUCUUUUUUGUAGCAGUGAUGACACUAUUUAGAAUCUGCUGUACUGAGAGAAUGUACCAAGAUGCUUUCUUUAACUCACCUGAGAACCACUGUGCCUUAGAAAAAUAAAACAGUAUUUCUCUGCA